AUGUUCAACUCACAGUCAAAACGGGCAUAUCAGCAAAUCGACGACGAUUUUGAUGAUGAAGUGCUGCGUAACAGUACGUGUACGUCACGAUUUAUGCAAGGAUGGGGCUCAUCCACAAGGUCACUGCUUUUUGGAGGCGCUUCCAAUGAUGAACAGAGGAAUUUAAUCGCCAGCUCCUCGUCCCAUCACUCGUAUCACGAUUCACCUGCCGAGGAGCCACCGGAAACUCACUACGAACAAUUCACGGCCACCCACAAUCAUGGUCCGCCAACAAUGGCUUCAUCGUCACAGCUAAACUCUCGACGAUGGGACCACGUACUGAAUUUAGACGAAUUUUUCACGCAUAUCUACGAAUAUCAUCAGAAUGGCGGUUAUUUGUGCAUUGUUUUGCAGAAAGUGUUCAGUUUAUUACAAUUUAUAUUUGUUAUGAGUUUUACUACAUUCUUCACUCAAUGCGUCAACUAUCAAUUCCUAUUCGCCAACACAAACGUGACAAGUCACGGCACUGUAAAUCAGGGAAAACGGCAUUUCGGAGACGCUGUCGUCGAUAAUUGCCCGGCACACAUUAGUAUUUGGAUGAUUUUCGCGAUUCUCGCCGCCAUCGUCUACUGGAUCACUCGGGUCAUCAAACACGCUCAGUACAUUAUGAAAAUGUCGGAAAUUCAGCAAUUUUAUGCUCACGAGCUGAAAAUUGCCGACGAUCAGCUGCCCAAUUUGACGUGGCACGCGAUUGUGAAGAGGAUUUGUGAGGCGCAGAAAAAACUACGGUUGAGCAUUCAUCAGGAUAAUAUUACGUCGAUUUAUAUUUAUCAUCGCAUUCUUCGUUAUAAGAAUUAUAUGACUGGAAUGAUUAAUAAGCGAAUCCUUCACCCAGUCUUCGAUGUUCCUUUCCUCGGACCAAUCGCCUAUCUUCCCAACAAUCUAAAACACGAAAUCGAGCGAAUUCUGUUCACAAGUUCCACGUCAGCAUGGACGAAUGGUCCGAACCUCCGAGAGGAGUACAAACAUCACGAGCAACUCGAUAUGGCAGCCAAGAAAAUGAAGGAAGAUUGCAAAUUCUACGGAUUUCUGUCGCUCGUCCUGAUGCCUCUACUGCUCCCAUUCCAGAUUAUGGAAUCGUUCUUCUCACUGACGGAGCUCAUAAAAAGACGACCAGAUGGGCUUGGAAUGAGAAGAUACAGUAAUUUUGGAAGAUACCUCCUGCGUCACUUCAACGAGCUUGACCACGAACUCUCGGCUCGCCUGAAUCGUUCACACAUUUACGCGGCAGCCUACAUGGAUCAAUUCUUCUCCCCAGUCCUGGAAAUCGCCGCCAAAAAUAUCACAUUCAUCGCCGCCGCCGUCUUCGGAGUGCUGACAAUUCUGUCUGCGUGGGAUGAGGAUGUUCUCCAGGUGGAACACGUCAUCACCGUUCUCACGAUCUGCGGAAUCGUGGUUCUCGUGUGUCGUGGAAUGAUUCCCGACGAGAAUCUCGUCUGGCAACCCGAGAUCCUCAUGACCCACGUCACUUCGGAGCUUCACUACCUGCCGUCCACGUGGAAGGGAAAGGCACAUACGACAGGCGUCAGGCACGAAUUCGAUCAGCUUUUCCAGAUGAAAUGGAUGUUUUUUGUGCUGGAACUGACGUCGCCGAUCUUUACACCAUUCGUUCUGCUGUUCUGGUUGAGACCCAGGUGCUCACAGCUCGCGAAUUUCUUCCAUGACUAUACGGAACGAGUCGAUGGGCUCGGCGAUGUGUGUAGCUUCGCUGUGAUGGAUGUUGGAAAGCAUGGUGAUCCGAAGUGGAAUCAUAUUAAAGAGCUCAAAGCGAUCGUUGAGGAUCAGGAGGAUCAGCAGCAGGCCCAGUCGGUGGUGACAUCAUUGAAUCGGGCUCGCGAUGGAAAAACGGAGCUAUCGAUUCUCCAUUUCAAGACUACCAAUCCCGAAUGGCAGCCGCCUAAGGCGUCGGAGAAAUUUUUGAGGAAAUUUAGGAAUCGGUUGGGGCAGGAGGCUUCCAUGCUCGCACCGCUGACCUCAAUGCAUCUCGGGCAGCAAAUGGAUCGGCAGCAGCAGCAGGAUCAAAUCCUGCCACCGCGCAACAUUCUCCUCGAAUCCGUACACUCGAUUGUCCCAACAACUUCCGGCGGAAUUUCAGCUUCCCAGGUCGCACCGGGCCGCCAUCCACUCAUCGGAGACGGCCUUCACCGUAUCGACGGGCCCGUUGGAAACGCGUUCCAGGGAAUUCAGGGAGCCAAGCUGGGCAGCGGUGGUGUGCUCGCCAGCCUCUACCAGGAGCAGCCACGUGCCGCCGAGUCGCUGAGCAACAGUUUGAGAGCUAGUGGAGUUGAUAUCGAUGGAGCCGGAGCCGAAAUGCGCAUCAACGCCUUGUUCCUGAGAGGUCUUCACGAUGAGAGUAUUAUCCACAGCUCAUCCCGAAACUACGGCGGCACGACGUCAAGCUUCAACAUGCACCCGACCGCUAUGCAAAGCGUUUUCGCGAUGCCCGACGGCUUUGGCCAGCCGGCUCCCGCCGUAGAAUCAUCCCUUAUCGACAUUGAAACACCCACCUAUCACAGGGAAUCAGUGCAGAGAUCGGCGGCGGAGCACAAGAUGGAGCACGAGACUCCCGAGCCACUGGCCGAGCUUCCGGAUCUUCCGGGACCGUCAUCGUCGGAGCAUCAGCAGAGAUCCCGACUCGUUCCGAACACCCAGCAUCGGCAGAUUAAUGAGGAGGAAGAAGAGGAAGAGGAGGAGGACAAUACGCCACCGCUUAGCUUUAGCUCUUAGAUUUUCUGAAUUAAAAAAAAAAAAUUUUUUUAAUCCCUGCAUUAUUUCCUCGUUUUCCCCUACCAAUUGACGUGAAAACGCGCUCCGCCUCCAAACCAUGGGUCUCGUUAGGUAUUUGGCGCGAAAACCGACAAUUUGAACGUAUUCACCAAUUUUCAAGCAUUUAAAAUUAUUUUUAAGUCGAAUUUCGGCAAAAACACGAAAAACCGUUUUUUUUUUUCGAUUUUCAAGCAUUUUUUGUAUUUUUAAAAAUGAUUUUUACGUUGAUUUUUCGCAUAAAAACCGAAAACAUCUGAAAAUUAAAAAAAAUCACAAAAAAAAAAUUAAAUAAUUUUUUCCGAUUUCAACAAUUUUCAAGCAUUUUUUGUCUGGUUUUUAUGCCAUUCCGGUUAAAAAAAAAAACUCUAAAAUACGAAAAAUGCUUGAAAAAGUGACAAAAACGAUUAAAACAAGCUUUUUUAUUGAUUUUUGCGUCGAAUUUCGGCUUAAUUAUCCAUAAAAACCGGGAAAAGCUCGAAAAUUUUUUACCGUUUGCGGGGGUGGGACGUUUUCAAUUUGCCGUGGAGCGCGUUUACACGGUUUUCACCCAAUUUCUAACCUGAACUGCAGCAUAAUUUUGUACAUUUUUGUGUAUGUUGUACCGUUUUCUGUUGUUUUUUUUUGUAAAUUUUGAAACUUUGACACGAGUUUACAUUAGUCAGAAUAGUUUUUUUUUCUAUGUAUGAACACAAUUUUUUUUCGAAUUUUUUUUCACCGCAGCUCCCUCACCGCUACUCUGUACAAUUUUUUUCACUGACAAUCUGAAUAAAAUCCCGCAAAUUUG